GACCCCCCCCCCCCAUGUACAUCACCCUCUACUACAUAGACACCCGGCUCCCUGACUCUCUCCGUGUAGUCAGGGACCACUUCCUCUCAGUCUACCCCACCACUCUCACCGUUGAUCUCCUCGAGAAGGGGCUCCUAGCAGCAGAGAAGAGCAUAGUCGCUGUGGGAGCCUCUCGUGGUGAGCCUCGCACCCCCGUCUUUGAGGGGUGUUCCCCCUCCCCCCUCUUGCCCUCUGUUGCUUUUGUUGCUGCGGCCGACCUUGUUGGUUUCGAGUCGGUCGGCGCUGCGUCUGCCCCUAGCGGGAGACGCCGCACCGGCAAGGGCAAGGGGGGCAAGGGCGCUGGAGGGGCUGGGGGGGGCGGUGGAGGUGGUGGUGGAGGCAGUGGAGGGAGUGGGGGUGGUGGUGGGAGUGGUGCUUGGGGUGGCGGCGGCGGCGGCAUCAGUGGAGGCGGAGCCGGCGGUGAUGGCGGAGGGAGCGGAGGCGGCGGAGGUGGCGGAGGAGGCGGAGGUGGAGGAGGCGGAGGUGGAGGAGGCCGCGGAGGCAGCGGCGGCGGCGGUGGUAGAGCGGGUCGCGACUCUGCGAAGAGGAGUUGGUCAGGUGGUGGUCCGCGCCAGCAGCAGCGGAGUGGUGUGACUCUGUCCCCUCAGCAGCUUCGUGAGUGGUACGCUGCGCGUUAG